AUGAAUUCAACGCAUGUCUCAUCCGAUGAAUUAUAUUUCAUUCAAUUCCUAUCAUCAAUACUACUCUUUAUAAUCAUAUUCACUACACUUAUAGGCAAUGGUUUGGUGAUUACCGCGGUUAUAACGACACCAAAAUUACAAAUACGUCCAAAUUAUCUCAUACUAUCGCUCAGUAUAACCGAUCUGUGCGUCGGUGUGUUUGUGAUGCCAUUAUACGCCUACUUCGGUGUCGUCCACAUCAGUGAUUGGAAAUAUGGGUCAGUUAUGUGUGACAUCUACUACACCAUAACCGUCUCCCUAAUGGACACUUCCGUACUUCAUCUCACAUUCAUAGCCAUCGAUCGGUACCUAUCGAUCGCAAGAAUACAAUAUUCGAGGAAUACAUCCAAAAGACAUGUGAUGGCAAUGAUUGCCUUUUCAUGGAUAACCCCAUUAUCAGCUACUACUUGGCCUCAAUACCGAAGGGAUAGCCAAUUAUUUUUGGAUAAUAUUAAUCAAAGUAUUUGUUUUCCAUUCACUAAUAAUAAAAUAAAUAGACUUAAUGUUCACGUAUCAUGUUUGAUCGUAUUAUGUAUAAUUGUAUCCAUGUAUUACGGAGUAUAUAAGAAAUCCAUUGAAUUCAAGACAAAACGCAAACGAUAUGAAAGACAUGAGUUUCAAAGACAUAAACCUGAGGACAAAAAUGACAAAAUAAUGCGCCGGGAGUUCAAAGUGGCAAAGACUGCGGCUGUGGUCACCAUUGUAUUUGCCAUAUGUGUCACACCAUUCAAUAUCAUAUACUUUGUCUCGGAUGCAAAAACCAUAAGUUAUAGACAUUUAGCCCACUGGCAAACUUCCCUUUGGAUUAUGUAUAUUAACUCAACACUCAAUCCUAUAAUAUAUGGCGCAUUAAAUCCUAAUUUUUGUGUCGUAUUCAAGCGUUUGUUAAAAAUCACGUAA